AUGGCCCGAAUGCGCAUCAGAUUUUUAUUGGAGAUUUAUCAACGGAGGUUGUGUCAUUGCAUCCUCCUUUCGAGAAAAUUCGUGAUUGGAUUCGUAUGUGGUAUUUUAUCAACUUUUUUGUUGUCAAGACCAGCGGUCUUGUCGUGUCAUCCUCGAACGUCAGCUGAACGAGAAGAAUCAACCAGCCAUCAAAUUACGUUAUUAACAUCGAAAGACUCUGAAAUUUCAAAGAAACGAGAUCGAAUUCUCUGCUGGGUCAUCACGUCUCCCAAAACACAUUCAAGGGCGCAGUUGAUUAAACAGACGUGGGGUAAACGGUGUAACAAGUUAUUGUUCAUGAGUUCAAUUAAAGAUGACACCUUACCAGAAGCCAUUCCAUUGCCGGUGAACGACACCUAUGCUAAUUUGUGGGGUAAAACUCAGGAAGCUCUUAAAUAUCUUUAUCAUCACCAUUUGGAUGACGCUGAUUGGUUCUAUAAAGCCGACGACGACACUUACGCUGUGAUGGAAAACAUGCGACAUUUGCUUUCACGUUUUAACGCAUCUAUGCCGCUGCACCUCGGUUUCAAAUACCAACAUCCAAAGGUCCAGCAAGGGUUCAUGUCCGGUGGUUCAGGCUACAUUUUAACCGGGGUAGCAAUUCGCCGGUUUGUCGAAACUGCCCUAGCACGUUCACGACACUUAAGAGGCAAUCUUAUGUUUAACAGCCAGUGUGUUCUCGAUCAUCAGGGUCCCGAAGACCUCAAUUUGGGUAUCUGCCUAGAAGAAUUGAACGUAACAGCAGUUGACUCUCGUGACAAGAACAAGGUCGAACGCUUCUUGCCCUGGAGUCUGGAAGACAUGAUAUGUGGUCAUUUGAAGAACCCCGGUUUUUGGUAUCUCAGGGAAUUUUCAUACUACCCUCUGAAACAAGACAUGAUAUGCUGUUCUCCUCACGCAGUUGCAUUCCACUACGUGAAGGAUUAUCAGCUCAAAGUCUAUGAAUUUCUCAUUUACGGAUUACGUCUCUUUAAUCACUCAGAGCAGGUGAAUUAGAUGGCCGGUGUGAAGAUGAGACAUGA